GUUUAAUUUGAGUGCGGCUGCGCGUUACCCAAUGCGUUCGCCGUUGCUGACGCGACCUGGCAGGGGAAAAAAAAGAGUGUGAACCCUCUGGCUUUAGCUAGCGACUCUGUGGAAACUGAAUAGGUUGUGCAGCACCAGUACAGCAUUGUUUGGGAGCCCACAAGAAGAGCUAACAAUAGGAGUUCAGCGAUAAUCUUAGCCAGCGACUAACCAACCUCUCCCGUAUGUGAUCGCCCUCCCUCGUCGUCGGACGCUGCCAGCGAGGGCCAAGGAACAAAAUAGCAUAUCGCCAUUAUAUGAUCCAGUGUCCAGCGUCACUUUUACCCUCCAUGUGGGUGAGGGAACUGUGUGUGUCAGAUUAUGGCGAGAAAAACAGUUAGCAGGAAAAGGAAGGCAGGAGAGCUCAAGGACCAACAACAGCUGGGCUGGUGUCAGGCACCACACAAGCGGAGUCGUGUUUCUUGUUCGUCACGUCAUGCCCAGCAGUGGUGGUGCAGUCGGCGCUCGGUGGUAUGUGCCCUACGGGGGAGGGAGUUCAGACCUCAGCAGCAGCAUGAGUUGCGGCUCCAGCGGAGCUUGCGGGGCUUUGCAGCCGGCAGGCUCCCUGGCAUCCUUAAGGAGAGGGAGUUCUCUCUGGGGCGACUCAACAAGGUUUUUGCUUCACAGUGGCUCAACCACCGGCAGGUGGUGUGUGGGACCAAGUGCAACACGCUUUUUGUAGCCGAUGUCCUGACAGGGCAGAUAACACGCAUUCCCAUGCUGAAGGACAGGGAGUGUCAUGUUGGAGGAUCUGGAGUGGUGGGUGCGGUGGUGGCGGGCCAGCAUUACCACCCCACAGGAGGCUCUCGUUCCCGGAUGGACCAGCAGGGCUGUGGAAUCCACGCCAUUGAACUCAACCCCUCCAGAACGCUGCUCGCCACAGGAGGAGACAACCCCAACAGCUUGGCCAUCUACCAGCUGCCCACACUGGAUCCUGUUUGUGUUGGAGACGAUGGCCAUAAUGACUGGAUCUUCUCUAUAGCGUGGAUCAGUGACAGCAUGGCGGUUUCUGGGUCCAGAGAUGGCUCCAUGGGCCUUUGGGAGGUGACAGAGGAAGUAAUGAGCCAGGCUGAAAGGAGUCAGAAUGAGGAGGCAGUACCCUCCUACGCCCACAUCUCCCACCGUGCCCUCAAGGACAUCCCAAAGGAGUACACCAACCCAUACAACUGUAAAGUCCGCGCUCUGGCCUUCAACAACAACCAUAAAGAACUGGGUGCUGUGUCCUUGGAUGGGUAUUUCCACCUCUGGAAAGCUGAGCACAACUUGUGCAAGAUACUGUCCACCAAGCUGCCUCACUGCAAAGAGAAUGUGUGUCUGGCAUAUGGACAGGACUGGUCGGUGUACGCUGUGGGUUCUCAGGCCCAUGUCUCUUUUCUGGAUCCACGGCAGCCUACACACAGCAUCAAGUCUGUCAAUUCCAGAGAAAGAGGAAGUGGGAUCCGUUCAGUGAGUUUCUAUGAGCACAUCGUGACAGUGGGCACCGGCCAAGGUUCACUUCUCUUCUACGACAUCCGGUCUCAGAGAUUCCUGGAGAACCCUUUGAAUCCAGCCGGGGGGUACCGGAAGUGUCCAUGCCCAGGAGAUGGCAUCCUCAAGCUCACUACUGGGAAAGGCUGGCUGAAUCACGAUGAGACGUGGAGGAGUUACUUCUCAGACAUUCAUUCCUUCCCUAACGCGGUGUACACCCACUGCUACGACGACUCCGGCACCAAGCUGUUUGUAGCAGGUGGACCUCUCUGUUCUGGUCUACACGGCAACUACGCAGGACUGUGGAGUUAGCCUCUUUUUCUCCUCCAUUGCUCUAUCACUACACCCUCGUCCAGGUUUUUACUUAACCAGUCCCUCCAUCCCUCUCCCUCUUCAAGUCCAUUGUGAAAUCGUUGUCCUUGGUCUCCCUCUUGCUCACUUCAUUGUCACUCUGUUUUGCUCACAUGUGGACUCAGGAGCAUGAUCUUGCCCCCAUUGUAUCACAGCUUUGAAUAUUGUUCUUGUGUAUGUUUGUGUCCAUCAUUAUUUUAUCCCUUUUCCUGCAAUUAUUCCUUUUCUCAUUUCACCUCAGCUACUUGGUUUUUUUUUUUUUUUUUUUUUUUCCCCUCCCCCAUAUAAAAAUGUACAAACAGUUAACUAGUAUUCUCAAGAGCUACAAAGUCUGCCACUGAGGAACUCAGAAGAGUUUUGGAAAACAUUAAGAGUAAAGUUAUACGUGUUUUCAUCAUUUAAAACAUUCACAUCCAGCCCACAGGGAUUAGGCUAUGGUCUUUUGCUGGCUUGUUUUUUGAACGUAAGGAUAGUGUUUACUGCUGCUUCCUCUGUGAUAAAUGACAGUGUCUUUGUAUAAUACUUGUGGAAUUCUCUCCAAAAAGUUCCUUUUCAUUCUCUCACUGAAAUGGAUGGCAAUAAAAGAGAGGCAAAGAGGAAGGAGGACUGAAGAGACAAUUCAUUCUGAAGGACUGAACCAGAGUGCAGUUUGACGUUUGAUGGAGAAUAUUUACUGUUUGGAACAGCCCGUCCUGUCCCACAACACUCACAAAGAACUUCUCUCUUCUCCCGUCGGAAGUAAAACGAAGAAGCCAAUCAAAAUGGGACUUUGUGUUCAUACUUUUCUCACUGAGAUGAUGUAAAGGAGAAACAUCAAGAUUGCUAAAUGCGGUGUUGUUAUGCUAUGAAUUAAUCUCAACAAAUGCUUAUUUUAUUUUUUUGACUCUGUGUGAUUUGACAGGCAUACCCCUGCCAAUAUUCUAAUUUGCUUUAUUUGUAUUUAUUUUCUCCUUUCUCUGUCAUCUUUAUUCAGUUGGUCAGGGGUGUUUAUAUCUGCUUCUUUUGAAGGAUAUGUUGUCUUUUUUGCCUUUUGCUUAUGUUCCUGUUCUCUUUGACCAGAAUGCUUUCAGCAGAUUUGUCUAGUAACAAGUGUUCAAAUUCUGAUCUGUAACCAUUCUUUUAUUAGCCCUAAGAUUUUAAGUUUGGCAGCAAUUUGUCAUCAGACAUGCUGAUUAAUAGAUAAAGCAGCCUAUAAUUACAUGAUUGAAUCCCCCCGUGAUUCUGGGACUCCUCCACAGGAACCGCGGAGAAGAUCUGUAGUAGCUCACUUUGAUCUUCUCAACCAAACAAGAAGGAUGCAAGGAGGACUAAUUAGAAAUUUUGGACUGUACACAGGAGUUAGAGGCUACAGGCACAUAGAUUUGUUGUUGCAGUUGUAAAAUGUCCUUUUUCUUUCCCUCUUUUUUGUAUCAAGGAGUGAGUGAUUCUUUUCCUUGUUUGGUAGAGGCAGGGUAGGCUUGAGCUCCGUUUUUGCCUUCCUCAAGUCUUUCUGUGAAAGACUGCCACAGGCGAUCAUAGUUUUCCUUUUCUACAUGGAACUUUUCUCCAGUUUUCAUGAUAAUGACAGAUUGAAAAGCAAAACCCCAAUUACGACCACGAAUUGAACAAAUAACCAACACUUUAAAAGUGUAUUUUAUAUAUAAAUGUGUAUAUGUAUGUGUAAAAUACAUAGGGACAAUUGCAUACAUUUUUAUGUAUAUGUCUGAGAAAGUGUGUGGAUUGAUGUGUCUACUUGGUGAUGCCCUGUUUUUUUUAUACACGCCUCAUGAAUGUUUUUACAAAUGACUGAAUCUGAGGAUAUUGUAAGAUAAACAUCUGAAAAAAACAAGCUAUUAAAUCUUUAAAAAGACUAAAUAAUAAAAAUAAAAUGUAUAUUGAUGUAA